AGCUGUUUUUUCACAUGUUUUCCUCGUUAGUUUGAUUAUCAAACUUUGAUUUAUGGAUUUCAAACAAUAGUUUAUAAUUUCAACAUGCCAUUUACCUUUGUUAUUUUAUUGAUAAAAAUUUAUUAGUUUUAACUAAAUUUGAAUGAUGGACUUGCCAAUUGGCGGAGCAAAUUUUAAUUUGCCUACUAAAAAUUGUGAUGAAUCGAAAUUAUGUGCUGUAUGUAAUGAAAAAAUUUUUAAAUACAAAUGCCCUGGUUGUUUAACAAAAACCUGUUCAAUCGAGUGUGUCAAGGUUCAUAAAAAUGAGCUUGAUUGUGAUGGUAAACAAGUUAAAAUUCCCUUCAAGAAGAUUGAAGAUUUUGAUGAUAAACAAUUUUUCAAAGACUUUAAUUUUUUGGAAGAAGGCUCAAGACUAUUAGAUUGCCUGAAGAGAGAUCGUCAAAAUAUCAUAAAAAGUAAGGAUCAGUUGCCACCUUGGUUGAAAAAGUUGGUCUAUGAAGCUCGUUGCAGGGGAACGCGUCUCAAGAUAUUACCUGCUGGUUUUGAGAAACGAAACAAAAGCAAAACAACAUUUAUGUAUGAUAAAAAAGAAAUACUAUGGGAUAUCGAAUUAAUCUUCACUCAUAUCACCGUUAAAGGAAAUCUUAUCGAAAAACCUUCGUCAAUUACUCUCAACCGAAUGAGUGAAAAGAAAACUUUGAGUGAAAUUAUUCAAAGUAUACUAAAUCCUACAGACAUAAUGGAAAGAAUAAAUUUAUGGAAAUUCCUGACAUCAUAUCGUUUAACUGAUCCUUCAUCGAUUGUGGUUUUAUUAUCUAAUGGAAAGAAAUUUCACGAAGUUGACAUGAACCAGAAUUUGGCCAAAAUUCUUGAAUGCAAAACUAUUGUUGAAUAUCCAACUUUUGUGGUAACUUUGACCGAAUUCAAAGAUCUAUUUCCAAUUGAGACAAACGAAGAAAAGAUAGUUGCCAAUGAAGAUGGAUCUAAAUUAGUCAACGGACAAAAUUCAAAUGGCAAGGGACGGUAUCAGAACAAUAAAAGAAAAAAUAGAAAAGGAAAGAGAAAAUUUGGAAAAGGAUUGAAAUCUCACGUUGAUGCUAAAAUACCAAAAACAAGUGAGAGUGAUUCAAACAGAGAAAGUUGUGCUCACAGUUUAAUUUCUGAAGCUUCAUCGAUUACAAAAGAUUUGGAUACAAGUGCAAUUAAAGGAUCUCCAAUGGAAACAGUUGAACCUAAUAGUUCGACUAAAAAUAUCAAUUCUUGUCCACUUUCAGCAUCCUUCCAAGUUACCAAAACAGGUCAACAUGACUCAGACGUUUCUUCUCUUUCGACUAGUGAUGAUGAAGAUUAUCAAAGCUUUGUCAACAUUGGUUUUUCCCGAUCAUCAUCUGGUGUUUAAUUUGUCUGUCGUUUUUUGCAGCUCUCUUUGAAUAAAAGUAAAUAUCAAAUUUUAUAUUAAUAAACAUGUACAUUUAAAUAAAAUAAUUUUUUUCUACUCA